AUGGAAGCUCGAAGUUUGCGUUGUUUAGAGCCAUGGUCAUGUUUGAAUAACAAAGUAGUCUUGGUGACGGGGGCUUCCUCGGGGCUUGGUCGUGAUUUUUGCCGUGACUUGGCCCAGGCCGGAUGCAAAAUUAUCGCAGCUGCUCGUAGAGUGCACUUGCUCAAUUCUCUUUGUAACGAAAUCAAUCAAUUAAGGCCGGUUGAUGAAAAUUGUGACCCGAUUUGCCGAGCUGUGGCAAUAGAGCUCGAUAUCACAUCACCGGGCCAAGUCAUUGACGAUUGUGUAGCAAAAAUUUGGAAGGUAUUUGGUCGCGUCGAUGUUUUGAUAAACAAUGCCGGAGUAAGAGGGAAAUUGAGAUCAUCACUCGAGAUAUCCGACAAAGAAUGGAAGCAAAUUCUCGACACCAACUUGAUGGGUACAUGGAAACUAUCGAAAUGCAUAGCAUCCCGAAUGCAUUCCACGGGCCGGGGAGGCUUGAUAAUCAACAUAUCGUCGAUCACCGGUCUCAAUCGUGUGCAAUUUCACGGCGGCGUGCCCUAUAACUCUUCUAAGUCGGGAAUUGACUCCAUGACUAGGGCUAUGGCGCUAGAAUUGGGACAAUACAACAUCCGAGUGAAUGGAAUAGCUCCCGGAUUGUUCCUGUCCGAGAUCACCGAAGCUCUUUUCAAACAAGAUGCGUUGGAUGUAAUAAAGAAAGGUAUCCCGAUGGGUUUCACUUGUUCAACAAAUCCAGCAUUGACAUCACUCGUGCGCUACUUAAUUCACGAAUCCUCCAAUUAUGUUACGGGAAAUAUAUUCAUCGUGGAUGGGGGUAUAAGCCUACCCGGACUUCCGAUUUUUUCUUCACUCUGA